ACAGCGAAAUGGAGUCCGCGCUGGUGGCGGACCUUUGCUCACCCGGAUGAGAUGGAGCGAAGUUUGAUGCAUUGACGGAAAGUUUCCUUCAAACCCCCUUCAUCCCGAGGUCUAUAUACAUUUCCAGUUACCGUAACGCGAUUAACCUGAGCCACAGGACGUUCUUUAAAUGGCUGUAUAAUGAAGGCCCAACUGCAAAUAACCAUUUUGUCCGCCAAGCUGCGGGAGAAUAAGAAAAACUGGUUUGGGCCCAGUCCAUAUGUGGAGGUGUGUGUGGACGGCCAAUCCAAAAAGACAGAGAAAUGUACCAACACAAACAGUCCCAAAUGGAAGCAGUCGCUCACUGUGAUCGUCACCCCUUUCAGCAAGUUAAUUUUUCGAGUUUGGAGUCAUCAGACCCUGAAGGCAGACCUUCUGCUUGGUAUGGCUACUUUGGAAAUCAGCGAGACCCUAAAAGCCAACAACAUGAAGAUUUGUGAGGUUGUGCAGUCCCUGCAGUUGAGCUCAGACAGAGAGAAGUCAGAUGUGGUUGGAGAUCUCUCUGUGUGUUUGGAUGGACUGCAGGUGGAUCCUGAGACGUUCGCUUCUGAAGAGCAAAAACAUAAUGCUGUUUUAAAUGGAGAAACCACUUUGAAUGGGAAUGUAGCAGUAAGUCGAGAUUCAUCUCCAUCCAGUGAAAUCAUCGAUGACGCGUCAGUGCCCAAUGGUCAUACGUUAGGAAGUACAGGGUCUGCCUCCCUAUCUACAGGGGCUCUGAGACCCCCGCGGCCCUCAAAACCCCAGCGACAACCACAUAUACCUGCUUCCUCCACAGCGUCCUCUGCCGGCUCCACUCCCACUCACAGCAGCAGCGCUCCCAGUCCUGAGACGUCCCCACGAGUGUGCGUGAAUGGAGAAACAGAGAGUCAGGGGUCAAGCUCUGGAUCAGGCACAGGAUCAGGGUCAAAUCAAGCCCCCAGAGCGAGUCCAACGCCCCCCAGAGCGAGUCCAACACCCCCCAGGUCAUCCAUGAUCAGUAACGGUCCUCUGCCACCAGGCUGGGAGCAGCGAAUCGAUCAGAACGGCCGUGUUUACUACGUAGAUCACAUUGAGAAGAGAACCACAUGGGAACGUCCAGAACCACUUCCACCAGGUUGGGAGCGUCGCGUGGACCCGAUGGGCCGUGUGUACUUCGUCGAUCACAUUAACAGAACCACCACGUGGCAACGCCCCACGCUAGAGUCGGUCCGAAACUACGAGGAGUGGCAAAACCAGCGCAGUCAGCUGCAGGGAGCCAUGCAUCGCUUUAACCAGCGGUUCAUCUAUGGGCUCCAGGAACAGCUCGCGCCCACAGCUAAUAAAGAGUUUGACCCUCUUGGACCUCUGCCGCAGGGAUGGGAGAAACGGACAGACAGUAAUGGCAGAAUGUAUUUCGUUCAUCACACCACGAGAUCCACUCAAUGGGAGGAUCCUCGUACGCAAGGGUUGUUAAAUGAGAAACCUCUGCCGGAGGGCUGGGAGAUGAGAUUUACUGUGGAUGGGAUUCCGUAUUUCGUCGAUCACAAUAGGAGAACAACAACGUACAUCGAUCCUCGUACAGGGAAAUCUUCUCUAGAGAACGGCCCUCAGAUCACGUAUGUGCGAGACUUCAAAGCUAAAGUGCACUACUUCCGCUUCUGGUGUCAGCAACUAGCAAUGCCUCAGCACCUUAAAAUUCAUGUCAGCCGUAAAACACUUUUCGAGGACUCGUUUCAACAGAUUAUGGGUUGUCAUCCUCAAGACCUGAGACGAAGACUGUGGAUCAUUUUCCCAGGGGAGGAGGGGCUUGACUAUGGAGGCGUGGCCAGGGAAUGGUUCUUCCUGCUCUCUCAUGAGGUGUUGAACCCCAUGUACUGUCUCUUUGAAUACGCCGGCAAAGACAACUACUGCCUACAGAUAAACCCCGCCUCAUCCAUCAACCCUGACCACCUCAAAUACUUCAAGUUCAUUGGCCGAUUCAUCGCUAUGGCCCUGUUUCAUGGAAAGUUCAUAGACACGGGCUUCUCUCUGCCCUUUUACAAGCGCAUCCUGAAUAAACCUCUGGCUCUCAAAGACUUGGAGUCCAUCGACCCUGAGUUUUAUAACUCUCUCAUGUGGAUCAAGGAUAAUAAUAUAGAGGAAUGUGGCCUGGAGAUGUUCUUCUCAGUGGAUAAAGAGAUUCUGGGAGAGGUCACCACUCAUGAACUCAAACCUGAUGGAGGAAACAUUCAAGUAACAGAAGAAAAUAAAGAAGAGUAUAUCAGGUUGGUCGCUGAGUGGAGGUUAUCCCGAGGGGUUGAAGAACAGACCGUGUCAUUCCUCGAGGGUUUUAAUGAGGUUUUGCCACAACAGUACCUGCAGUACUUCGAUGCCAAAGAACUAGAGGUGAUGCUGUGUGGAAUGCAGGAGAUCGAUUUAGGAGACUGGCAGAGAAACACCAUCUACAGGCACUACGCUCGCAGCACCAAACAGAUCGUCUGGUUCUGGCAGUUUGUUAAAGAGAUUGACAAUGAGAAGCGUAUGCGCCUGCUGCAGUUUGUGACCGGCACAUGCAGACUUCCAGUUGGGGGAUUCGCUGACCUCAUGGGAAGCAAUGGACCGCAGAAGUUCUGCAUUGAGAAAGUUGGAAAAGAAAACUGGCUGCCCAGGAGCCACACAUGCUUUAACCGUCUGGAUUUGCCGCCGUAUAAAAGCUACGAGCAACUAAAGGAGAAGCUGCUUUUUGCCAUCGAGGAAACUGAAGGUUUUGGCCAAGAGUGACGCAGAAGCGAGAUAGCAUCCCGAAAUAUGUUUCCAUGACAACACACAUUAAAGCUCCCGCUGCAGCAGCGAUGGAUGAGCAGCGUUUCUCUUUCACACGGAGGAAAGUGUCUGUCCGUGUUUGUUGGCAUUGACUUCCAUUUCUUGUUUUUUCGAGACCCACUUUCUGCUUCAUGAUGCUGCUUUACUCAUUGGUCAUCAACACACAUGAAAGUGAAAGGACUUCAGAAACGCUUUUCUCUAUGCACACUGUGUGAUCCUCAUAUAAUCUAAUAUUGACUGCGGCCCGGCUCUACUGUAAUGAUGCACAUGCAACAAACUCUUUUAUUUGUCCUUUACAACUUGAAAUGUGAAUCUGCACAGUGUUUGUCAGAGCUCCUCUCUGUUGUGUGAAAGUGUGAGACGGUGGAAGUUUCUACCAUCUGUGUUCCUGAGAUAGCUGGAAGUGCGUCAUCAUUUCAUGAGGUUUUUAUUGCCAGUCUGUACAUGUAAUUUAAACUGGUGCAAAAGAUCGUAAUAGUCCUAACAAAGGGCUUAUUUUAUGUAAACUUUCAUUUCUGUAUUAUUUCAUAGCCUGUCAAAAAAACCCCCAAAAAACCAUCAAAUGUCCACAUCAUCUCUGACUCUGUAAAGAGACACAAAAUACUAAAGCUUUCACUAACAGGCUUGUAAACUAUGGAUGUUAAGCUUAUUUUAGUUUAAACAAAUCUGCAGUCAGACAUCUUGAUCUUUUUAAGAUGAAUUUUAUUCUUUAAAAAAGUCGUUGUUUCGAAUAACAAACAACAAAAAAAUCACAAAAGAAUGAACUGUGUUUUACAGUAUUUGUUAAGAACAUGUUUUUAGGUAGAUGAUUUAGCCCUGACCUGUAGGAUGUUCUGUAUGUUUAAAAAAAAAAUACCUUGAUACUUGAAUAUAAAACAUGCAGGGCUAAAGGACAAAGCAUAAAGAAACUAUAAAAGCUGAAUAGGUUAGAAACUGAAUAGAAAUGUUCAGUAUACUUGUGAAUACAUUAUUGUAAGACACGGUCAGAAUUUAUUUUUCCCCCAAAACAAAAUGUUCAUUACUAUGCACUAGAAAUAUUUGUGUGCUCUCAAAAUGAUGCUACAUUUCGGAGAUUUCAGUUUUUCUCCAAAGUGAAUGAGUGCAUAUCGAAUAAAACUAUUCAUCAAGAUUUGAGACAUUUUAGGUUACUGUUUUUAGGGCCCUUAUUUAAUUGAUGCUUAAAUUAAACUGACCCUGAGAGAUUAAGAAAAGUUGUGUUGUCAUGUCUUAAAACAUUUUAUAGCUAUAAUAAAUAUGUAAAGGCCAGAUGGAUGGCUUACCACUUUAUUUUCUUAACACUGUAAAUUAUUUAUCAAUUAACCUGUAAUCUAUAAUACAUUAACAUUUAGUUGGCAAUAAUUAUUGAUUUAAAUUAUAUUUAUUUUUUAAGUGAAUGUGUACAGUUGGAUGAUUAAUAUAAAGAUGCCAAUUUAUUCUCAGCUGAAGAAAUAAAAAACGUUGAAAAAUA